AUGAAUGAGUAUAAUAGAGUGGCGAUGGGAGAAAGUGUAUGCCUUUGGAGCUGCUGUUGGUGCAGCGAUUAUACCGGUACUGGAAUGACAACAGAAAUUAUCAGCUGUCCUGGAUGCGCUCAUGUUCGAUGUAACGACUGCCCUGUUCAGUUGGUCAAAAGGCGUUCAUCACAUUCGACCUCAAAUACCAGGUCUACGAGGGCCACAGGAUCUAGAGCCCGGGAGAGUGGCAGUAGCAGAGGAAGGGAAAGCGGGAACGGAGAUGAAGGAGGUCAAAUUCCGCAGUCAGAUGCCGUACUAGAGUCUACGAUCGAUUCAACCAUCAACGCGGCAUUGUUGCAGGACGCUCAGAUAUCUGUUUCGGCUGAGUUAAAUCUGGACUCAAUCCCUCAAGAUACCGACGCAUCUAAGCCGCAAGAGGGGAAAGUUAAAGAAUUCGAUACUGAUCAUUAUAACUUGAACAUGGUUGAUACUACCAAGAAAAGCGCUAAGAGUUCCAAUGCGGAAGAAAGGGGGUUCAAAGGAAGUGGCAUUUCCAGUCUUAAACGAGAGUCCUCGGAUUUACAAGAUCCUCUGAAUUCGCAAAUCCCUUUUGCUGUACCAAAAUUCUCGGAGUUUGCACUUGACCGCUUCAUUAAGAACCCCACUUCCUAUUCUGAAGAUAUUGCCCUUCUUGAACACAGAAUCAUCCAGCUAGGACAAAACACCUUCGAGAACAUAGAAGAAGAUGGCGAGACCAAGCGAUACAUAUUAUCGUUACGAAAGUUGGGUAUUGGAACGGAACCAUCCACGCCCCUUAGCCCACCCUUUGAUCAACAGCUCAGAAUAAACGAUUACAUCCAGUUUCAAGCUUCGAUAAGUACAGAGACGUUAUCCUCAAUACUGAAAGGAACGCAAUUGCUACAGCACGAAGGAAUUUGUAACAGCUCCACGUAUAGUAUUAUCGUGGCAGAUAUUGACCGUCCGAAAGUUCUGAAUGUUCGACCGGUUAGUAUUCCCAGCUUAUCUCUAAUCCUCGAACUUCUCCGUGAGGUGCAAGAAUUCAUCCAGCAAGAAGACAACCAGCAACGAGACUUGGUUUUAGAGGAUGUAGCGGAGAUAUUAAUGCACAUUGUUGUGAGUCUUGGCCUAGGUAUCCCUCAAACCGUUUUAGCUGUGGGUGAGCACAAUCGAGAACGACAACAGGAUAUCUGCCAUUUAAUGAGCUCCAUUCUAAGCGUUCUGCAUGUCGUUUUACUUUCAUUCGUCAGGUCACAUCUGGAUAAUUCUGGGUACACGCCGAGCGGGUCAUUGAGUGAUGGGUUACACAUCGAGUGUCCUGGAGGUACAUUGUUCUUGGCAGCCCGGCGAUUGAAGUGCCUGAAUGGUUUCCUCAAGCAGCCAGUUUGGGCAUUGAACUUUAUUCCCACAAACUCGAAGUUGUCAAAGGUUGAAUGCGAUGGGUUUUAUCUCUCUUCAUCUAUAGAUCAUCUUGCGGAGCUAUGGGGUCCCCUGAGAGUUAAUCGUACCGAGGUAUUGACUGCCUCGUCGAUUGAGACUCAUGGCGGUAGACUCCUAAGUGCCGAACAUGACAUAUCUUCGGUUCAACCACUAGAAUCAGAGUUGCUCUGUCAUUGGUCUAGUUGGAUGGAGACGAACUCACUCGAAAACAAAACUCCCAUUGACACAGCCAAACUCCUCUUGAUUGGCGUAAGAACCAUACCACAAGCUUCCCAAGAACUUCAGAGAUUACCCAGAUUCCAUAAGAUUGAUCUGUGUAAUUGUCCUGACCAAUAUAUCUCUCAGCCUCGCCACCGCGCAUUCGAGCUUGGUACGCGCCCUCCCAAUUGGAAAAUGAAAGAAAGAACCGCACAGGCCUCCGGUGGUCAAUAUUUGACAAUUACCUUAGGAGCCACAUACAAGUUUGAUGCAGGCUGGACUUUGAAAGACGUGAUACUCGAAGACUGGGUCAAUGCUGGCAAAACGGAUGCAUCGCACACACCUAAUCCAUAUUUAAUGGAUUGUCUUGCUGUAUUGGAUUUCAGUUGCUGUUCUGGUCAUGCUCGAAGGAUUAGCUUGUGGGCACUGCUCAAAGAUCUUGUUACUAGAGGUUAUCUCUAUCAGAAAUUCGAUAAUCAAAUAGAGAAUUCUGGGGACAUUGUGAGGUUGCUUGAUGGAUUAAUUUCCGUUGAUUCGUUAUCCUCAAUUUGGACAACAAUACCGGCCACCCAGAGGAAGCUUCUGAUAUUCAGCUUCAAAGAGAUAUUGAAAAUACUAAAAUUCACAGGGAUUGGAGACGACAAAAAGUUACAAGCAUGGGAUAUUACUUAUUUCAAUCGUAAUGAUGGCAGGAAACUUGCUCCUCGGUGGUCAUCUUUUGUCAAGGAUGAUAGCAACUCUGCUACGUUCGCCGUCAUCACAAGCAAUUGCGUAAGAUACAGUCAGAGUAAUGAUCAAGCCCUGACAGAUACCGUUCUUCAAACCCAACUGUGCAUCACAGCAGCACAGAAAAUAAAUAGGGGACUCGCGGCUUCCAAAAAAGAUGCAGAAACGCAAGAUACUCAGUCAAGCUCGUCGGCUACUUUCUCAUCCAGAUGGGCCGUUAAUCGGUCUCGAGUGAUGGAUGUUCAAUCUCGUCAAUCGGCAGAUAGAUAUCAAACCAUGAAUACGGACUCCCGGCAACCACCUCCUGCGGACCAAUGUGAUACAGAAAAGAGAUUACUAGAGCGUAUAAGAAAUAACCAGAAAGGAAGACAGAUAGGAUCUGAUGCGGCAUCACAAUCAUCUCUUACUGGAAAUGAUCCACCCUUGUUAGCUUCCCAAUAUCCAUCCAACAAUCUAUCUCCAUCCCGAAAACGUCUAAAGACCGAAGCCUACAGUAUUACACCCUCAGCUAUAACGCAUCCCCCCAUACUCCAUAUCCGCAACAGUUUGGGCCGAAGAGUCGGAAAUUUGUCCUUAGAGCCAGCAACCCCUAUUGAUCUCACCUUUCUCACCGACGAAACCACUCUGCAAGCCAAAUGGGAAGAGGUUUCCCGAAUGAAUCUAGCUGAGAAUUUCAGAAAAAAAGAAGCGCAGCUGGAUAAAAGUAUAAGCAGCUGGGUGCGGAAAUCGAAUGGAUUCAUUCCGAGCCUAAUAGGACGUCUUGCUCCUGUGGAAGGAGAUUUGAGUCCGCUUGAUGUGGUUGAAUAUAUACGACCAGGAAGUUUGACGGCAUACCAGAAGCUGGUUAAUGUUUAUAUUCAUUAG